CUCAAGAUUAUGGUUUAAUUGGUCAAAUUAUCUUUAUCUGUUUUUAAUCUGGCAGCCAUGAUAGGYUUCUACAAUAAGARGACUUCUUCUAACCAGCUUUCCAGCAAUUCAACGCGAAAAUAUUGCAAGAAACAAACUUUCUCAAAGUUUCSCUGACCACAUGAAGCCGGCUGCUUUAAGCUUAAUUCUCUWCAUAGCUCAUGGCAUCUCUUGUUUUUCGACUUUGUGACAAUGCACCYGAGAUUYUGAGAGAUGUAUGCGUUGAGCGAGGYUGGAAGGAGUAUGAAGAAGACGAAGACGAAGAAGGCGCCUGGAAUUUGUGGUGGAAAAGUUCUGGAUUCCGAACGAGCGAUUUUGAAUCAUGUCGUCCAUGGCAACGGCUUAACCAUUUCCCAAAGUCUAAUUCCAUAACACGGAAGGAUAGCUUGGCUAGAAAUUUAAGGCGAAUGAAGGGAGUUUAUGGUAAUAUAUUAUUCAAUUUUGCACCUCUGUCAUUUAAUCUUCCCAAUGAUUACCGCAAAUUUGUCACCGAAUAUUCAAAUGGUAAAGAUAAAAGACGGUCCCUGUGGAUUUGCAAGCCGGCUGAUCAGUCAAGAGGAAAGGGCAUCUUUCUUUUUCGUAAUCUCACUGACUUGACGUAUGACUGUGCCACUGUGGUCCAGCAGUAUAUMCAAAAUCCAUUCCUAAUUGCUGGGUAUAAAUUUGAUUUGAGAUUGUAYGUGCUUGUGACYUCAUUUCACCCUUUGCAAAUCUAUCUGUACCAUGAAGGCCUUGCAAGAUUUGGUACUGAAAAAUUUGACCUCAACUCAUUGGACAAUGUCUACAGUCAUUUGACWAAUACWAGCAUAAAUAAACUAAGUCCAUUCUAYGCCACUGAUAAAGAGAGAAUUGGCAGUGGUUGCAAAUGGAGCUUGAGUCAACUGCGUACAUAUUUYUACCAGCAYAAUGUCAAUGAUCAACUAAUUUGGCAUAGAAUAACUGCAAUUGUGGUCUUAACAUUACUGAUGCAAGCUCCAGAGGUUCAGAAGGAUACAGCGAGCUGUUUUGAAUUAUUUGGMUUUGAUAUCCUAAUUGAUGAAAACCUGAAACCUUGGCUUUUAGAGGUAAAUUUCUCACCUUCUCUYGGCAUCGACUGCUCCUUGGACCUGUCAAUCAAGAAGGCYUUACUGGAUGACACAUUGAAAGCAAUAAAUUUGAAAGAGUCKGAUAAUUUGCCAUGUACUUUAAAUGGGUGCAUUACCAAAGUUGGAACACAUGCAAGAAAUCAGAGGUCCUCAUCAAGAGCUAGCUCUAAGCUAUUGUCUUAUUCAAAUAAAUCAAGAAUCAAURCAAGCUCUAGGUUCUACACAAGGUCUACACUCUCACGGAUGUCRCAAUCCAUUGUCAGUAGGAUUUCAAAAGAAAGCUCUGGGAGUGAUGACAGCCCUGAASAUUCUUCCAACCCAGGGGAAGAAUUUAGCAAUUCUGAAAUAAAUAACAAUACUGAAAAAGAADGUUUAACCACCAGCCAUGAUAACCUCCUUGCUUCCAGCUCUUCUCCGUCUAGAAAUGAACAUCUAGAUGUACCAGAAUGCACUGAUAUCGUGAAACUUGAAGCCAAAGAGCUGCAAGAACUUUGUGACUGCGGUCCUCAGAAAACUUGCAAAGUACACUACAAUGUAGAAAGUGGUUUAUCACGCACCAAUUCAUCUUUAGAGUUCAAAAAGGCUUACUCUUUCACCAGAGCACCAAAAGGUUUAGAGUCUUUGAGUCAAGCUGGAAGAUCAGUUGUUUAUAAGAAAGAAUUCUCCACAAGUGAAACUAGUGAAAGUAUGCCAGAGAAUGCAUGCUCCAAAGAUUCAGGUCCWAAUGCUGAAGAUAUUCCUGGCACAAUAAAAACUCAGAUCACAAAGCUUCCUCCUCUGAARAGAAGCAUCAAAAAAGCAACAAGUUUUCCAUUUGUAAAAAGAUCUCCCAAAAUUAUGCCUUAUUUGCCAGUCAAAGGAAGAAAAAUACCAUCGAAAACAACAAGCAAGUUGUCUUUGAUGAAAUGCUCUUGUGGACACUCAUCUCAAGGAUGGGGAGCAUACAAGAUGAACCCAGCAAAGCAAAUUGGAGAUUACAUAUUAGUAUUUCCUUUCAAUGAUAUAACCCAGAAAGCAUGCACUGCAAAGCAAUUGAACAGCAAAGGUGCAAUYGAUGAAGUGAAGAAAGUAAUCCAAAAAAUCACAAACUUGGAGAAGAAUAAACCAAAGUCAAAGGUGUUAGAUGGUGACSAGAAAGAAAAGUUAGAUUUGAACAAGCCAUUUUGGGGAUUUAGCUCAUUGUCUAAUUGGCCUAGCUAGCUGAUUACAUUAGAGCAAUCUAUUUUAUUUAUUUAUUUAUUUAUUUAUUUAUGUAAUGGUUGUCCAGUCUGCUUAAAGAGUAUCAAUGAUAUAGAAAAUUGAGAAAGCAUGCAAAGCCUGCUCUUCAUUGAAUCGCAAUCUUGUUAUUCGAUAUGCAAUCUAUCUGGUUAGGUAGAACCUAGGUGCAUUUCUACUCAAUUAUUGAGUAUAAUUUUAAUGUUCAAAACAGACUGAAUCCCAUAAAUACUUCCYRUAGUAUUGGGAUUCCUUUGUCCCAUUUGCAACACAGGAAGCCCAUUWCAACAAGCACAACUUUGCAUCACUUGAAAACAUUGUAAAUACCAGUAGCUAAUAUUAAUUAAUAUUAUUUGUAUUUAUUUGCAAUUUGAUAAUUGCUCAGUGAAAUACUAUUUGUGUGAUGUUGGCCGAAAAGUGCCUAAAUAAAGAUUAAUGAAAUAUU